AUGUUGGUGGCUUCACCUCAUAAUUCGGGUACUACUCGGGUUGGCGAAUUAUCACCGUACGCUACAUCACCAUACGCAGUUCUAAAUGGUUUGUAUGCUUUGCAUGAUGAACUGGGUUCUGGUGGUUUUGGGAAAGUACACUUAGCAACACAUUUACUAACUUCACAAAAAGUCGCCAUUAAGAUUAUCGAUAAACUCAAAAUUAAGAAAGAAGACUUACCUCGAGUAAGAACUGAGUUAGACGCGUUGAUGUUGUUAUCACAUCAAAAUAUAUGCAGGAUGUACCAGUGUAUUGACACACCUGCGAAAUUCUUCAUUGUUAUGGAGUACUGUAGUGGUGGUGAGAUGUUCGAUUAUAUUGUCAAAAAGGAGCGGUUGGAAGAAUCCGAGGCGCGUCAUUUUUUUCGACAACUUGUUCAAGCUAUUGCUUAUGUUCAUAGCAUGGGAUUUGCCCAUAGAGAUUUGAAGCCUGAAAAUCUGCUACUGACUGAAGAUCUGCAAUUGAAACUCAUUGAUUUUGGUCUUUGCGCUAAACCAGAACUUGGUUUAUGUGAUUUUUUGCAUACAUGCUGUGGCUCACCAGCCUAUGCUGCUCCUGAACUCAUCCAGGGAUUACCAUAUAAAGGACAUCAAGUUGAUAUAUGGUCGAUGGGCGUUCUACUGUAUACACUACUUUGCGGUUGCUUACCAUUCGAGGACGAUAGUGUUCAAAAGUUGUACACUAAGAUUGCAAAUGGAAUAUAUUACGAACCAGACUAUUUGAGUCCUUUAAGCAAAGACUUAUUGAAAUCUCUGUUACAAGUGGAUCCUGAGAAGCGCAUCACUAUUUCCAAACUGAUCGUCCAUCCAUGGAUCAAUAAAAAAUACACCCAGACACUGAAAUGGAAAUCUAUAUAUGAUAAAAAUAUCGUCGAUGAAGAAGUGGUUAGAGAACUUGCUUCUCAUUUUGGACGACCAUUUAGCGAUAUGGAAGCUCGUGUUAAGGAGUGGAAAUUUGACUAUCUAACUGCUACCUACCGUUUGCUGUUGCAACAGAAAAAGCGUGGCAUGAAUUUCGUCUUGCCAAUACUGAAACCUAGGAAUGGAAUGGCCAAUCCAAAGCAAAUUAUUUUGGGCUCCCAAACAAUACAUGCUUCACUAGAUAACGACUUAAAUAAUUCUGGCUUGGAUGAAAAUGAUUUGAUGAUACAAGAAACAGAUGAAGCUACAUCACAUGGCGCUAGGAAGUCAUUUGAGGGAAGCAAUCUCAUUUCUUCUGUAGCAACUCAGCAGGACAAAAAUUUAUCAUAUGCUUACGCGAUGCUCAAUAUGCCAUUUACCCACUUGGGAAGCUCACCCAAACAAUUUAUUGCCUGUGGCAUUCGGCAGGAAAACAACUUUGCUACUGCCGAAUUAGUUCAUGCUACUCCAGCACGACAUCGAACCAAGCCUCAAUGUGGUACUGUUUUUGAUUCCCGUUUUUACUACCGUGCAAAUGACAAAGAAAAUUGGAAUCCAGCCUCCUUAAGAAUGCAUGGUUUCAUAAAGAUUUGUGAUGAAUGCCCAAGAAGUAAUCUUUACGCAACACCGUUGCGAGUCCCUGUUUCUUGUACAUCUUCUGCGAAGAUGAGAUCACGAUCGAUGGAGCAUAGUGAAACUUUUCCAAGUACUCCCAUACAAGAUUCUGUACCACGUUCGGCACACUCUCCACGAUCAUCAUCUAAGACACCUCGUCUCCGUCAGCGAGUUUUUGCAUCACUAGAACGACAGGCUGAUAAAAUGAUCAAUUUGCUGACACCACGCAAAGUUAAAAAUAAUCAACCUGAAAUGCUAAAGCAAACCAAGACAAUGGUAAAUGUAUCAAUUACAUCUUCCAAAAACCCAGAUCGUGUACGUCGCGAACUGAUGCGUGUUUUUGCUGAACAAAACAUUACAACGGAUUAUCAUGGAUGGAAAAUAUCUGGUCGAAAAAAGGAUGAAUUCAACCGUAUGAUGACUGUAGAAUUGGAAGUGGUUUGGAUUGAAAUGGGUAAUAAGGAAAAAUUAGUGGGUGUUAAGCGAAAGCGUCUUAAUGGCGAUGCCUUUCUUUAUAAAAAAGUUUGUGAACAGGUUCUCCAGUUAGCCGGGUUGUGA